AUGUCUUGCAUGAUUGUAUCUUCAUCUAUUUUCUUGCCUUUUCUUCCUGUUCCAUUCUCGCCAUUUUCUUUCCCUCAAUUUACAUUUCUCUAUUUUUCAUUGCUUAUUUCCUUCGCUCUUCUUAAUUGUUUUUUUCUUUCUUUCUUCCUCUCGUAUAUUGUUUUCUUUUGUAAUUUAUUUUUACCAUCUCCUUACUUGAAUUUAUUCUUUCUAUUCCUUUUUUCUAUUUUCCAUUUCUUCUUUUCGUUGCCAAUUCUUUUGUUUUUGCCUUUCUAUUUUAUUACGUUCUCUUUUUUACCAGCAACUUUCAUCUUCUACUUCUUCUUCCAUUAUUCCUACAUUUCUACCUAUAUUCUUUUUUCUUCUGACUUUCCUCUUUUUCUUUUUUCUUCUUCUUCACUCUCCUUUUCGUCUUCCUAUAUUUCUGCCUACAUUCUCCUUUUUUACCAGCAGCUUUCCUGGUCUUCUUCUUCUUCUUCUUCUUCUUCUUCUUCUUCAUUCACUCUUUCUCCUUCGCCUUCUUCUUCUAUUCUUCCUACAUUUCUACCUAUAUCCUCUUUUUUCCUCUCUCUUUCCUCUUCUUUGUUCUUUUUCUUAAUCUUUUUCUUCUUAAUCUCUUCCUCCUCUUCCUUCUUCUUCUUCUUCUUCUUCUUCUUCUUCUUCUUCAUCAUUCACCCUUUCUUCUUAGUACGUUCUCUUUUUUACCAGCAGCUUUCAUCUUUUCCUUCUUCUUCCAUUAUUCCUACAUCUCUACCUAUAUUCUUUUUUCGUCUGACUUUCCUCUUUUUCAUUUUUCUUCUUCUUCACUCUCCUUUUCCUUUCUCCUUCGCCUUCUUCUUCUAUUCUUCCUACAUUUCUACCUAUAUCCUCUUUUUUCCUCUCUCUUUCCUCUUCUUUGUUCUUAAUCUUUUUCUUCUUAAUCUCUUCCUCCUUUCCCUCCUCUUUCUUCUUCUUCUUCUUCUUUUCCCUUUUCGUUAUUCUUAUUUCUCAUCUACACUAUUCUUUUUUUCUUUUACCUCGUUUUUUUUUUCCUUUCUUCUUUUUUUGUGUAAACAUUUUCUUGUUCAUCUUAUUUUUUCUUUCUUCAAUUUCUUUUCGUUCCUAACAUAUCUAUUCACCAAGGCCCUUUUUUUUUACUCUCUUUUCCGCGUCCUUUUCGCACGUGUCUUUCUCUUUGGAGAUAAAUAUCCUUCCCUUCUGCACUCCCCUUAA